AUGAAGCAACUUUUUCAAUUGCGAUCAUCAUCUAUUCGAAAAUCAUUAAUUGGUAUAUUAUUACUCCUUUUAUUAUUAUGGCCAUUACAUUACUUAUAUAAUUAUUAUCCAUUAGAUUCAAGUAAACAAUAUUUUAAUAAUUUAUUUGGUGAUAACAGCAACAAAAAUAAUGGUAAUUCACAAGCCGUGGUCAAUUUAAAUAAAUCACCUAUUAUAUUAUUUCCUACAACGUUUAAAGAAAAUCAAAAUGAACAACAUAAUUUUACCAAUAAAGAAAUUAUAAGAUAUCAAGGUAACUCUUCAGCAAUAAGCUAUGAUCAAUUAAGUUACAACACUACGAAACAUCCAAUUACUCUCCUUCGAGCAGAUUCAAAAUCCAAAUAUUGCUCUAAAAUAAAACAAGAACGAGAUUUAAUCAUAUCUGAUAAUUUUAUAUUUAAUGAAGAUUUUAAAUAUAUGGUUGAAAAAUUAUUAUAUCAAUUAAACCACGAUAGAGCAUUUGUUGAAUUAUCGGGAUUUUUCCAAGGUAAAAUACCUGGUUGGUUAGCCAAAGACGAAUAUAAACCUCAUUUUUAUAAGUUUGCUGGUACUUCAGUCUGGUUAAAAGAAUAUGGUAUACAUUUAAUGGUUAGUAGAGUAUUAUUUAGUAGAAAAGGUAUUAAAUGGUCACCACAAAUUUCAUUAUUAUAUGCACAAAUAUUCGAUAUAAAUUGGCAAGAAUUAAAAGAUAUUGAAUUAGUUAUACCUAUGAUGGAUCAUGAUGGUACUAGACAUAAUGAAGCUAUUAAAUUUCCAAAAUAUUUACCUAUUGCUUAUUAUUAUGAUCAUAAUCAAGUUCGUAGAAGAUGGUAUGGACCUGAAGAUACAAGAAUAAUGUUGGUACAAAAUGAAAUUGGAAAAGAAGAACCAAUAAUUAUAUUUAAUUCUCAUCAUAGAUCAAUCAAAAAUGUAACUCAACCAGAAGGAAAAGAUGAUCAAACAAUUAUAAACUUCCAAUUUCAUAGAUCAAUGUUUAUUGGUUGGCCAUUUAGAUAUCAAUUAGGUAAAGUAAAUACAGAUGGGGCAUCUAAUGAAAAAUUUGAUAAUAUAAGGUAUAAUAAAGUUGCAGAAUUAAAAAUAUGGAACGAAAAAAGGAAAUGGAUCGAAAAAAAUUGGACUCCUUUCAUUGAUCCUUUGGAAAGAGUUAAUGGUGAAGAUAAAUUUAUAUAUUUAGUUUAUCAAUGGGAUGUAUUACAAGUUUUAAAAUGUGAAAUUAGUGAUUUUAAAAUAGGUGAUAUAAGUAGAUGUGAUUUCAUAUAUAAAGAAGAUAAAAAGGUACCGAAAAAAGUCGGUCCAAUAAGAGGCGGUACUGAAAUUUUACCUUUAACUACAAUAAAUCCAAAUUUACAAAAUUAUUGGAUGGGGAUAUUGAGAGCACAUAUAAAUCAUUGUGGUUGUGGAAGAUCAAUGUAUAGACCAAAUUUUUUCAUCCUUAAAAGAGAAGGUGAUAAUUUUAAGGUGCUUUAUUUAUCAUCAUCUAUUUCAUUUAAUAUACCGGUUUCUGGAUGGAGAAACCAUCAUUUAUUAUGUGCUGAAAAAGAUCCAAAUGUAUUAAUACCAAAUGGUAUAUCAAAUUGGGAAAUUGAUUCAAAAACUAAAAAAGAUAUUUUAACCUUGACAUUGUCUGUUGCUGAUGAAAAUAAUAGUUUGAUACAUAUAUAUGGAUUGAAACAAAUGGUGGAAGAAUUAAUUGAAAAAUAUGAUGUUGAAAAAGGUGAUCAUAAUGAAUUAAUGAGUUGUGUUUUAAAAUAUUCAAAAGAAUUUUGUAAAGAAUUUGGUGAAGAACAAACUAGAUUAGGUACAACAGAAGCUAUAUUUAAAAAAAAGGAGAAACUAAAAUCAAAGGCAGACCCAAAGAAAGAGGAACCAAAGAAAGAGGAACCAAACAAAGAGGAACCAAACAAAGAGGAACCAAACAAAGAGGAACCAAACAAAGAGGAACCAAACAAAGAGGAACCAAACAAAGAAGAACCGAAAAAGGAAGAACCAAAGAAAGAAGGGUAG